AUGGAGGAAGAACUCACGUCCCCGGAGGAGCUGACCUCCCCUUCUCAACUAUUGAGUUAUUUGUCCACAUACAAGGCACUGGUCUGUCUAAGAUGCCGCUACGCCAUUCAGCCCGGGGCAAUUGCGCGUCAUCUCAAGGAAAUCCAUCAUCUUCACCGUGUAACGCGGCGGACCUUUGUCGCCUUAGCUUCGGAGUUGGAGUUGGCCCAGCCACAUGAUGUCGUCUUGCCCGAUGAAAGCCAGUUUCCGGUUCCCUUCCUACCCAUACAAGAAGGACUUGCGUGCCGUUUCGAGCACUGUGGCUAUCUUUGCGCCAGCAGCAAACGCAUGAAGCAACACUGGCGAUGCACCCACCAGAUUUCCACCUCCGAUGAGAGUCCACUCUCGACUCCGGUCCCACUACAGACUUUUUUCCGCGGCAAUGCCCUGCGAUACUUUACCAAUCCGUCCUUGCUAAGGGCCUCCCCAGCUUGUACGCCGGAUAGCGCUGCCGAAUUUAGCAAGGAUGGUCGAUUCAAUACGCCCUGUACUACCCCAAAGACAAGCACAACAUACCCGGAAAACGGGCACCUACCGUUGGACCGGCAUUCGUCGUUGAUCAUAACUGACCAAGGUCUGCUCGACCAUUAUCGGGAUUCAACCUACAAAACCCUCUCCUGCCACCCAGAAACCGACCAAGCAUUUGGAGAGGUUGUUCUGGGGCUGACCGCCCGGUUUGACUUCUUGAGGCAGGGGGUCAUGGCGUGUGCAGCCUUGCACCUGGCCUCCAUUCACCCGGCUAAUCGCACCCAUUAUGUCUUGCAAUCCCUCCGGCACCAGGCCCAAGCCAUUCCCGCUUUUCGUCAGGCUAUCUUACUCAUCGAUCGCGACAACUGCGAGGCAGUCCUGGCCUUUGCGUUUUUCCUUGUCAUCUGCUCCCUCAACUCCGACACCGAGGACCCGCGACUGUUCCUGAGCGAUGACCCCGACCAACAUCUGCACUGGAUCAACAUCCUGCGCAACGGCUGCUCCAUGCUCUGCCCGUUCUGGGACGAGCUUACAGCGGGGCCCCUCGCGCCCUUUGCCGCCCUCUGGGAGGAUGACCUCGGCGUCGGCGGUCCCUCCGUCGAAGCCGCCGAAGGCCCGCUGCUGGGAGCCCUGCUCCCCAGGGUGUUCGCUGAAACGCCGAUCCAUGGGUUGGCUGGCGAGCACGAGGCCUACCGGGACGCCGCUGCCCAGCUUGCCGCCGCCGAGGCUUUUCUCCGCCGCCGAGGCCCUGCCGCCACCGUCUGGGAUGCGCUCAACGCGUGGCCGAUGCGCAUGGCUCCCGCCUACCUGGAGCUACUCAAGCAGGAUCGCCCCGGCGCGCUCCUGCUUUUGGCAUACUACGCGACUUUGCUGCGCCCCACUCGCGGCGAAUGGUUUCUCGCGGGGCGGGUGGAGAGCCUCAUCGACGAAAUUGCCCGUCGCUUGGAAGACACGUCCUGCUCAGCCCAAUCAUGGGACUUCUUUCUGGAGAUCCGGAGGGAAUACUUUCCGGAGGAAGCGCUGGCGAACCAGUAG